AUGGAUGACUUGAUUUCACAGCUUCAUAGAUGUACUUCAAGAGGAGAAACUCAAAGUGUAGCCAAAACCGCUCAAGAUUGGAUAAACAAACAACAGGAUUCACAUGAAAGGUACUUGAUGAUGCGCAAACUUUUUCUGGUAUCCUUGCAGUUGGCUCGCUUUCUUCACAGUCAAGAAAUUCAAUCUUUAUUAUGUGAAUGUACUUUUCAUCAACUUGACGACUUUGAAUUCACUGCAUCUCUUCAAGUUUGCGCUUCAACGAAGCCAAGUCUUGCAUUGCCGAUUGUUGAACGCCAUUUGAGACAGAACAUUAGCAAUAUUUUCACAAAAAGUCUGAAGCUCGAUUUAACUGAGCAAACAAAACCAUUGGAAAAAAUGUGGUUAGAUGGACUCCUCGCUGUUCACGAUUUACUUCUGAGUUCCACAAAGCCUGGAGAGUCGUCAAAAUUGGCCUCAAUUCGAAAUAUUGCUGACUGGACUCUUGACACGAGUUGUGAAUGUCUUUAUCAAGCGGAAAAGUUGCGAGCAGAUGGUAAAACGGUUCACCUUGGCUUGGUCACUUAUACGUUUGCUCGCUUGCGUAAUCUUCAAUUGUCGAAUGGGAAACUCUUUUUGGAAUCUGUAUGCGAAAAACUUUUGCAAAAGAACGAAAACUCUAUAAACAGCUGGAUAUACGAAUCAGUCUUUACCAAUACAUCUUUUGGUUUGCAAUACACUGAAGCUUUAUUUGAAGGGUUUCUUCCAUUUGUGUCGAAUCCAUUAGAGCUAAAGAGAUUUAUUGGUUCCACUGGCUCUCGAAUCAAUAGCAUUCAACAUAAUGGCAUACGAAAAAUUCUCUUUCAGAAGAACAUAAACAGUGGAAAAUUGAUCAAAAUAUUGGUUGCUUAUUUAACGCAAACGAUGAACAGAGACGACUUGCGGAAACUCAUUGAGAUAAGUUUGAUUUGCAUCUGGACGGACAAUUCGGAGAUUGCGACUGCGUCAUAUUUGGUCUUGGCUCAUCGAACACGAGUGUUGUUGCAAUUGGGAAAUAGUUUAUGGAAAGAUGACGAAAAGGAUUAUUUGGAGCCUAUUUUCAUGCCAAUUAUAUGUAAAAUCGAUCGUUACAUGAAGCGACCCGAAAAGGAGAUCAUGAAUUUGGGAAUUCUGAUGUUAGAGGAAAGCAGAAAAUGGAUGGGCGAGCCAGAAAAUCAAAUUCUGAAAGAUCCCGAAAUUGAGAAACUUCGAGAUGAACUACGUGAUGAUUUUUUAAAGAAAGAGACUAAUGCAGAGGCGAAAGAAUCAAAGCUGUGCAAUGUUCAACAAGCCAAAGUAAUGAUCGAAGCGACGGCGUUAGAUAGUGAUGAUGAUUUGGAUUUUGCGGCCUAUCAAACUCCCAAAGAGGAAUUACUCAGUAAUCAGUUGAACCAAGACCUUCAAUCGAAACAUCCGCCGCCAUCUUAUCUUCGAGAGUGUAUCGAAUGGCUUUAUGGGGAUAAUCGUGAAAAAUGGAUUUCGGCUUUUGUUGGACUUGAACGCUUCUAUCGUAUCCAUGAUCAUUGUGGGCUUAGUACAAGCGAGAUAAAUUUAUUACGAAAACUCAUCUUUCUUCAGGACAAAUUCUCAUAUCCUGGAUUUAACGAGCUUCGUUUAAAAUACAUUUCGGAGUUGAUCGUGCUCUAUCCUGAAUUUGCUUUCAAAGCGGCUGACUAUAUAUUUUCGGCGGAAGGAACAAUGACGACGAGGUACGAGCUACUAGAAUGCAUACAUACUGCAGCCAUCUCACUUGCUACGAAGACAAAAGUUAUAGAAAAGCCAAAGACAACGAAACAACAACAACAAAAUUUGCCGGUAUGGCGUCGAAUUAUCGAUGAGCGAGUGCAAGCAAAGACGCGUUACAUUGGGACUCGACUAACAAAAGAGGAAACUUUCGCCAUAAACUCAACCCAAAAUCGCCUGACUCCGAUUCUCGACUAUUUCACAUUUCCACUUCUUCGAACAAAUGCUGGCGGACUUCAUCUUGAUUUGCUCGGAAAUGACUACCCAUUGCUUGCCUGUUGUACUGUGACAGUAUGCUCGAUCAUGCAAUUGGGCCCCGGCUCGAUGUCGAUGCCUCGAGUUUGCAACCAGCUUUCCUCAGUGGUGGAUUCCUUUGCAACAAGACAAGAACCAUACUUGUGUUUGGCAGCGUUGGUGGCACGAACGACGAUUGCUAAAGUAUUGCCAAGAGACAAUUACAUUCAAGAGUAUUCAUCGGUUUUUGAAUCAUGGCUUAUGUGGGCUUCGAAAUUGGGAGAUGAUCCAGAUUCGGAAGAGUCAAUUUUCAUCAGCUACUCGACUAUCUACAUCACGGGU